CUUGGCAUACAAAAGACAAAUUAUUUUGGAACAUCACGACACAACGAGUCCACACUCAGAGAAGAUGGUCUUCUACAUUUUAUUGCUGCUGGCGCUGAAUGGGUCUAACAAAAGGGUGGGACCUCUCCAUCUCUCACUCCCAUCAUACAGGUGGACAGGCAUCGGGAUUCAAAGUGAAAAUCGAUUGGAAUGGCAGAGUGACUGCCGGGUCGAGCACCACGUUCACGUGCUCAUCCAACUGCCUCGCAAACUGCACGUACUCCUGGUCCUUUUUGGGAAGCACAUUCAAUGGGAGCACGCUCACCUGGACGCCGGAUGGACUGCUCCAGUCGGUUUCGCUGCAGUGCACCGUACAAGAAAAUACAGGAGACUCCAGCGCCAUGAGGAUCAUUGUGGAAAUUGAAAAUCCAGUGGCAGUAAAAAUCAGUCCACUCGGUGCUGUCCCGUCUCUGAACCAGUCCGUAGAGCUCGUCUGUCACGUUGAUGGACCCCCGCCUCCCACCCCAUCCAGGGAGCCGGUGGACUGGUACAAAGAUGGACAGAAAGUGGUCUGGCGCGACCAUAUGCACUUGCUCCACAACACCACUCUCCGUUUUGACUCGCUGGUACCAUCUGAUGGCGGAUUCUACCAGUGUGAGAUUAUGAUGAGCAAUAGACACGUUUUGAGUCUGGGCUACCUGCUAAAUGGUGGGUCUGGAACGUAUCCCCUGCGAGGAAUUGGGGUUCACUGUAUUUUAAAAAAUGAGAUAGAUGAGGUGCAUCAUGUGACUACCUGAAAUCACAUGAGACAUGCAAAUCUCACGAGACUUCAUCCUUGACACUUCAACUCUGUGGGCAGCCAAAGGAUCAACUUUGGAAGUUCCUUUUGCUUUUCGGGAUACAGUGGUAGCUUGACUUAUGAGUUUAAUUUGUUUGGGGCCAAGCUCGUAAAUCAAUUUACUCGCAUAUCAAAUCUAUUUUCCCCAUUGAAACAAAUUGAAAUGUCAUUAAUCCAUUCCAAAUGUCAUUAAUCCACAACAACACUGUGUGCUAGACUGUGUGCCUUCAAAAGGGGCGUGGCCUAGUGAGUGACAUCAGGAACAUGGGAGGUUAGCCUCUGUGAGCCUCUGGACCUGAGUUUUGGCCUAGUGGAGCUACUUGCAAGUGUUUUUAUUUAUAAUUUGUGUUUGACUGUUUGUCCCAUUCAACAAACGGCUGAAAGUGUUUCGGCGUAUCUGAAACUUAUAACACCAAUUUUGGUGUGCAACACAAAGCAAAAAAAAAUUAAUCAACCAAGCGACAGCUCGUAUCUUGAAAAACUUGUAAGUCGGGGCAACUCAAGGUAUCCCUGUAUUUUCAGCUCGAGUUGUUAUUAUUCAUCUUUUUGCAAAUAAAACACUGAUUGGAUUCUUCCAUUACCGUUGUCCUACAACAACAUCUUUUUUUUAUUUUUAUUUUUAUUU